AUGGGCAACGCCGGAAACAAUGGCCAAGUGACUGUAUCUCUGGUAAACCGAGACAUCGAAAAUGUUUCCGGUGGCUCUUCCGAUGAUAGCGCAGUGAAACCAACAAAGUCAUGGAAAGGCUAUUUGUGGGAUACGUGGGACCUUCCCCCGGAUCAGCGAUGGCUUCUUUUCAAAGUCGAUGCAUUUGUUCUCACAUUUGCCUCGAUUGGGUAUUUUCUAAAGAAUAUCGAUCAAACGAAUGUCAACAAUGCUUUUCUUAGUGGCAUGGAAGAGGAUCUGCAAAUGUUUGGCAAUCAACUCGUUACUAGUACAUCUAUCUGGACUGUCGGCUACGUUAUUGGCCAGAUCCCUUCCAAUAUACUUCUCACAAGAGUAUCUCCCCGUUGGGUUAUACCCUCACUUGAGAUAGGAUGGGGUAUUGCGACCAUAUGUACAUCGAGCGUGAAGUCAUACCAUGCUCUCUAUGCUCUUCGCUUCCUAGUCGGUUUCUUCGAAUCCGGUUUUUAUCCAGGCAUUCAUUACCUUCUAGGAUCAUGGUAUACACCCCGAGAAAUCGGAAAGCGGGCUAUGGUCUUUUGGCUAGCUGGUUCUGUCGGCUCCUUGUUUAGUGGCUUUUUGCAAGCAGCUGCUUAUAAACAUCUCAACGGGACAAAUGGUUAUGCAGGUUGGCGCUGGCUCUUCAUUAUCGACGGAAUUAUCACGCUCCCUCUCGCAGUCGCAGGCUAUUUUUUCUUUCCCAACCUUCCUCAAGGUGGGAAGAAGUCAUGGUGGAUAACCGAGAAAGAGCAUACCCUUUCAUUGGAGAGGAUGCAACUCAUUGGUCGCGCUGGAAAGCAGCCUUGGACGAAGGAAAAGGCGAAGAGAAUUCUUCUAAGCUGGCAUACCUACCUUCUUCCUGUGUUAUACAUCGUUUGGAAUAAUGGUAUACCCCAGGCCGGUAUGGGUUAUUGGCUUAAGAGCUUCAAUGGCAACCCUGCACCGGUUCCAGGAAGAUCAUUUUCUGUCCCGCAGAUUAAUAAUUUACCACUUCCCACGACCGGAAUCUUCAUUGUCAUGGCGUUGAUCUGGGGCUGGCUCUCAGACGGGCCAUUCCGAGGUGCUCGCUGGCCAUUCAUCUAUGCUGGUGCUGUGAUCACUCUUCUCAUGAGUGUUCUGUUACUCAAAGUACCCCUAUACUCGGACAUCAAGGGCCGAAUGGUUGUAUAUUGGUUGAGUAAUAUUGGAAACGGUGCAGGUCCUCUAAUUCUGAGUUGGAUCAACGAGAUCUGCUCCGAUGACACGGAGAAGCGAGCGCUGCUUGUCGCAAUGGCGAAUGACCUUGCUUACGUCGUCCAGGCGGUUGCUCCUAAUUUCGUGUGGAAGACUACUGCGUUCCCCAGGGCUGCAAAGGGAUACACCUGGUCGAUCGUGCUCCAGAUCCUACUCAUUGUUGUCACUGCUGCUAUUCAGUUCCUACUAUGGCGGGAUAGGAAAAAGGCAGCCGAGGCAGAUCGGACGAUACCCGCCGUGGACCCCGGUGAUCCCUUGUCAACAGAGGACGAGGAGAGUCCUGGAAAAGAUACAAGACAAUCCAGGAUCAAAUAUGUCAGUCAAGCAUAG